CCUCUCUUGUGCGCCACAGGCCCGGCCCCUGGACCCCUCAAGCUCUUGGGGCAAUACCGCGCGGUAGUAGUGAAGCCAUGUCCGAGCACCACCGUGGUGCCUGGGGAUCGCGCGACGACGCGGCGGCAGUGUGGUGGCCAGGCGCACUCGAGUACCAGCACCAUCAGCAUCUGCUGCAACAGCAGCUGCAAGCCGCGGCGCAGCAACAGCAGGCCCAGCAGCAGCAGGAUGUCGCUCGCAGCACGGCUGCGGCCGCCGCGGCCGCACAGCACCAACUCUUCUCCUACAAGAUGGCCAGUAGCUUCCAGAACCCUACGACGACCACCGCAAGUGUGUCGUCGCCAGUGGCCUCCUGCGUGCGCGGGCCUACUGCCCCCUAUGAUUACAGUAGCGGAGGUGGCCGGACGGAAGCCGCUGCUGCGGCUUCUCUCGUGGGUGGCGCUGCCCAGUGGUGGUACUCUAGUGGCAUGGGCAAUCCUAUGCAUGGAAUUUCCACACCCACUCCGCCCACUUUGCCACCGCAGCAGCAAAACAGAAAGAUGCCCCGUGGGAAAGCUGAUGCUAAACCUAGAGGCCGGAUGACGGCUUACGCUUGCUUCGUACAGACAUGCCGCGAAGAGCACAAGAAGAAACAUCCGGAUGAAAAUGUGAUAUUUGCAGAAUUCUCAAAGAAAUGUGCAGAGAGGUGGAAGACCAUGGUUGAUAAGGAAAAGAAGCGUUUUCAUGAAAUGGCAGAAAAAGAUAAGGAACGUUAUGAUGCUGAAAUGGAAACCUACACACCCCCUAAAGGAGAAAAGGCGCAUGGCAGGAAGAGGAAACAUGCCAAGGACCCAAAUGCACCAAAAAGGGCAUUAUCGGCAUUCUUCUGGUUUUGCCAUGAUGAGCGCAGUAAAGUAAAGGCACAGAAUCCAGAAUUUGGUGUUGGAGACAUUGCUAAGGAGCUGGGCCGGAGAUGGUCAGAAGUCGAUCCGGAGCUGAAAGCCAAGUAUGAAGCAAUGGCAAAGAAAGACAAAGCACGAUAUGAUAGGGAAAUGACAGCAUAUAAGAAAAGGCCAAAGCAAGGAGGGCAGGGAGCUGCAACAGUGAAGAAAGGAAGUGAAGAUGAAGACGAAGAUGAGGAUGAGGAUGAUGAUGUUGAAGAUGGUGACGAAUAGUUUGGCUCCAGUAUUUCAUUGCCAUGUCAUCUUUAUUAAGGAACUUUUGAAAGGACAUCAUAUCUCAUAAAUUCAUCCGUACCCUUUACCAGUUUUUCACUCACCAUAAUUUGAGUUCAAAGAAUGAAAGUGAGUUUUCAGGAAGAGCAUACUUCAGGAUGCAGGAGAAGUGAGCGAGCGUGUGUGUGUGUGUGUGUGUGUGUGUGUGUGUGUGUGUGUGUGUGUGUGUGUGUGUGUGUAAAUAAAUUUUUCAGUAACAGUAACUCACAAAUAUUUUAAUUUGUCUUAAUGCAGCAAAAUUACUUAAUGUGAACUUUACCAGUGAGUCACUGAUGCAUUUCUGCAGGUGUUGUUUGGUAAGUGUUUCAGAAAUGCAUCACACUGCUCAAAUGUCCUCCCAUUUUAGUUACAUCACCUGUAUGUGUUUCUGAUUCUGUUAAAAUACUGGCCAUCACCAAAGUUCUUUCUAUUGAAUUUCAAGAAUGACCUGCAACACAUACCUCUUUACAGUCUUUCACCAUCUGUGCAGUGGUUUUGUGCCAUUUCAGAUCAGGGUUUUACUGCCUCUUUGUUAAUGUGUGAAAAAAAAUGUAGUUAGUCUUUGGUGUGUGCCAGUGUGUUGUCAUUGUAAUCUAGAGUAUUUCUGAAGUUGCAGAUGAUCUUAGCCAAUUCUUUGCAACUUGAAGGACUUCCCCCUUCUCUCAAAAACUUACGUAAGGGUUUAAAAUAGUUGCGUCGUGUUUUCUCUUGUCAUGAUUGGGAGUGCUGUUGUGUGUUCUCUUAAGCCAUCAGUGUGUGCAAACAAGCGGACAAUAUUUUUCAGUGUUUUGAACUCUAUGGCAUAGCCAAAAGAGUGCAAAUCUUAAAACUUCUUCAUAUUAAUGAAGAAGUCAUUGUAUUAAGACGGUUUUAAUAGCCUGUUCUCUUUUUGAGGAAGAGGUUUCAUUUGAUGGAACUAGCAGUAAAGAAGAGAAUUUUUUCAGGUUCUGUUUCCAUGUCUCUAAGUGUAACAUUCCCAAAUUGAAAUUAAGGAAAAUUUGUACUUUGUGACAUGGGUAUUCAAAUACAAAUAGCAGUACCUCUGAUUUUGUGUGUACAACUGUAUUAAAAACUGUCAACAUAUUUUUAUUGAUUUGGAGAUUUAAUGAAAACCUGACUUAGAGUUCGAAAAGAACAAGAGUUGCGGUUAUUUUUAGGAAAUUUCAAAUAGAGAAAGGCACUGUUUGUUUUGUAUCUAAUAGUAAUUAAUAAACUUUUAAGAAAAGUGA